AUGAGUUCGGAAGCAACCGCCGUGGACAAUCUCCAACAACCGUUAAUCGAGCCGAUGAAAUCAGACGUCGAUUUCAGGAUGGAGAGCGUCUUGACGGACAAACAUUUGCCCUAUAUCCGACGACUUUACCUCGCGACGUUGAUCGAGCUUAAGUUUCUCUUACACCUGGCGGCUCCGGCGAUAUUCGUGUACGUCAUCAACAAUGGCAUGUCCAUGCUCACCCGUAUCUUCGCUGGUCGUAUGGGAAGUAUGCAACUCGCCGCCGCUUCUCUCGGAAACAGCGGUUUCAACAUGUUCACUUUCGGUCUCAUGCUUGGAAUGGGAAGUGCAGUAGAGACAUUAUGUGGGCAAGCGCACGGAGCUCACAGGUACGAUAUGCUCGGAGUCUACUUACAAAGAUCAACGGUGGUUCUACUUCUCACCGGACUUCCGAUGACAUUACUCUUCUUCUUCUCCAAACCUCUUCUCACAUCACUCGGCGAGCCAGCUGACGUGGCGUCAAUGGCUUCUGUCUUCGUCUACGGUAUGAUCCCGAUGAUCUUCGCUUACGCCGUCAAUUUCCCUAUCCAGAAGUUUCUCCAGUCGCAGAGCAUUGUCACGCCGAGCGCUUACAUCUCAGCCGCCACGCUCGUCCUCCAUUUGAUCUUCUCUUGGCUCGCCGUCUUCAAGCUAGGGUGGGGCUUGAUUGGUCUCUCUGCGAUUCACAGUCUCUCGUGGUGGAUCAUCGUCCUUGCUCAGGUUUUGUAUAUUAAGAUGAGUCCGAGAUGUCGCCGGACUUGGACUGGGUUUAGCUGGAAAGCUUUUGAUGGUCUUUGGGACUUUUUCCGGUUAUCGGCGGCGUCUGCCGUCAUGCUCUGCCUUGAGUCUUGGUACUCUCAGAUUCUUGUUCUUCUCGCCGGACUUCUCAAGAACCCUGAAAUCGCCUUGGAUUCUCUAGCAAUCUGCAUGGCAAUUUCUGCAGUCUCAUUCAUGGUAUCCGUUGGAUUCAACGCAGCUGCAAGUGUGAGAGUUAGUAACGAAUUAGGAGCUGGAAAUCCAAGAUCAGCUGCAUUUUCAACCGCAGUAACUACAGGAGUAUCGUUUUUACUGGCAUUGGUUGAAGCCGCAGUGAUCAUGUCGUGGCGCAACGUCAUGAGCUACGUUUUUACAGACAGUCCAGAGGUUGCCGAAGCCGUAGCCGAUCUCUCUCCUUAUUUGGCCAUCACCAUAGUUCUCAACGGAGUACAACCUGUUUUAUCUGGUGUGGCCGUUGGAUGUGGAUGGCAAGCAUUUGUGGCAUACGUUAACAUUGGAUGUUAUUACGUUGUCGGGAUUCCAAUUGGUUAUGUUCUUGGUUUCACCUAUGAUAUGGGAGCUAAGGGAAUAUGGACAGGCAUGAUUGGAGGCACACUCAUGCAAACUGUCAUCUUGCUCAUUGUCACUUUUCGAACUGAUUGGGAUAAAGAGGUGGAGAAAGCUUCAAGACGAUUGGACCAGUGGGAAGACAGGCAGCCGCUUCUUAAGCAAUAA